AUGCCACCGAAGCGCAAGCUUGACAGUGAAGAAGGAGACGAAGAUGUUGGCCCAGCCAGACCAGAUACGCCGCCGAAGAGGACCAGGGUGAUGGGACCGGCACUUCCGCCGCCCAGCUCACGACCAGAGAGUGAUAAAGAUGAAGACGACGAUGAAGAUGAAGAAGAUGAUAGUGAUGACGAAUAUGGGCCUUCCCUCCCUCCUCCGGCCUCCUCGACCUCUGCCGUAAAGCAUGAGACGCCCACGGAGCCCAUACCAGGCAGCGCAGAGCCCGAACCAGAAGUGAUCAAACGAGACGACUGGAUGUUGAAACCACCCGAUCAGCUCAACCUCUCGGCCCGUAUGGACCCUACAAAGCUGAAGAACCGAAAGUUCAACACGGGCAAUCCUGCGCGGCCGGGAGCCUCGAAGGCUGGCGGGCCGUCGAACACCUGGACCGAGACCGUGGAGGAGAAGAGAAAGCGCCUGCAGAAUGAAGUCAUGGGCAUACAGGCCCCGGCCGCUGCGUCGGCUGCGUCUGAACAGGACCCUGCAAAGGCAUUGGCGGCCGAACGUGCAGAGAAGAUGUCAAAACAUAUUCGCGAGUAUAACGAAAACAAUAGGAACAAAUCACUGUACUCCCAGCAUAAAACUAGCGCGGAAGAGCAAGAGAAGGACGACCCGAGUGCUCGAGCGUUCGACAAGGAGAAGGAUAUCAGGGCUCCGUCGAAGAUCAGCCAUUCUCAACGCAGAGAGAUGCUCAACAAGGCUGCCGACUUUAACUCACGCUUUUCCGGUGGGAGUUUUCUAUAG